UUCGGUUUUUGUUUAUCUUAUAUAUACCUGUACUAUAUUUCACUCGUGUUUGAGAUCUUAGAUCCAGAUAAAUGGAGAUUUGUGAUAGAGAUAUAGUAGUGAUAUUUGGACAGUAUUUGAGGAUAGGGGUUCAUGUUAAUUAAGCGAACAAGUUUCAUUUAAUGACAGGUUAUUUUAAAGUUUUUGAGACGGAAAAAUCCUACUAUGAUUCGGAACUAAUUUUAAAAGGCCUUGACAGCAGAGUUGGAUUCGGCGGAUUGAAUGGGCGAAGAAACUGUAGGCACUGUCGGCAUAGCAGGUUGAUUGUUGGCAAACUGUUGCUGCGGAGGAGUAUAAAAGUACCAGCGGGAGUCUGAUAAGAGUUCAUACUUGCCAUAUUCGACAUAUUCAUGGGCUGUAUAUAACCUGAUGAUGGUCCAGACAUUGCUAUAUUGUUCAUACUGUUGUUCAUAUUGUUGGUGGUUAACGGUGUGGGAUUAGACGUCCUUUUUUCAGGUGACAUAUAAAGAAACAUGGCGCCUCCUAUGGGCAGCAGUGAUUAUCUCAACAAAGGAGAAGACGAUCAGAUGGAAAUCAAAGGUUAUCGUCGGAACAUGCUCAAGUCUGCAGUCACGUGGUUUUUUAUCCUCAUUACAGUCGGACUGCUUCGUCUCUUCUUCUAUUGGCUGCCACACCUGAUGAUCAAAGUCAUGUACGACAGAUGUGAUCUGGCAGAUGCGGUAGUGGUUGUCCUAAAGGAUGAAUAUGACCAAUGGUUCGUGUCCAAGGUCCAGAUGGUGACAAAAGAUGGGCAACCGGUCAAAGGAAGUUCACGACGAGGUCAGCCAAAUGGAAGCAGGACCCCGUUAUCAAGCGAUAUGUUUGCACGGUAUAGAAAUGGAGGAAUUACCUUGACGUUGAUCGGUCUCUCGGAUGUAAUCAGGUUUUUCAUUACAAAGAAAGUGAAGUAUAUAUGGGACGGCGAAAACGCAACAUUUUUAAAACUCAGAGGCAUAGAAGACAAUGCAACUUGCGGUUUUUUCCAUGAUACAACUUUCUUAUCAUAUGAUGAAGUUUCUACGAGACGCGGGAUGUAUGGCUUUAACUCUAUACAGAUACACGUUACACCAAUAGUGAAGUUGCUGUUCAAAGAGGUAUUGUCGCCAUUCUACAUCUUCCAGAUCUUCAGCUGCAGUCUAUGGUUUGCUGAUGAGUACUAUUAUUACGCAGGAUGCAUCGUCUUUAUUUCAAUUGUGUCCAUAAUUGCCACAAUAUAUCAGACUAGAAAGAUGCAACGAGCAUUGCGAAAUACCAUUCAGUCAUCGACCACUGUCAGUGUAUGCAGGGGGAAAGAAGAGUUCCACGACGUUUCCUCGGAGGAUCUUGUUCCAGGAGAUAUAAUAGACAUACCACGAGGAGGAUGUAUCAUGCAGUGCGAUGCUGUUCUUGUCACAGGAAAUUGUAUAGUGAACGAGAGUAUGCUUACAGGAGAAAGUGUACCAGUCACCAAAACACCAUUGCCAAAUCCAAAACUAACGCACGAGGAGAGCGUUGUGCACUUUAAUGUCAAAGAUCAUGCUCGUCACGUGCUUUUCUGUGGUACUCACGUGAUACAAACACGUUACUAUGGGGGACAAAAAGUGAAAGCUGUUGUGUUUAGAACAGGGUUUUCAACUGCUAAAGGAGAGCUUGUGAGGAGUAUUCUAUACCCGAAGCCUGUAGACUUUAGGUUUAACAAAGACACUUACAAAUUUGUCGGCAUACUGGCUGGUAUUGCGCUGAUGGGCUUCAUCUACACCAUUGUCCUUAUGACACGUAGAGGAGAUUCGGUAGGCGAUAUUAUCAAGCGUUCACUAGAUCUGAUUACAAUUGCCGUCCCACCAGCACUUCCGGCCGCGCUGACUGUCGGGAUUGUUUUUGCUCAGCGUAGAAUGAAACAAGCCAAGAUUUACUGCAUUAGUCCUCGAAGCAUCAACGUGUGCGGCAGCCUGAACACUGUAUGUUUUGACAAGACCGGGACUUUAACGGAAGACGGGCUAGAUAUGCAUGGCGUUGUUCCUGCCAGAGACGGAAAAUUUGACACAGAGAUAAAAAACAUGAACCUUGUUCCACGUGGUAACUUUAUGGUCGGGAUGGCAACUUGUCACAGCCUCACAAUCAUUGACGGCGUCCUUAGUGGGGAUCCCCUAGAACUGAUCAUGUUUGAGUCGACAGGCUGGGAGCUGACAGAACCAGGCCACGAGGAGACGUCAAGAUUUGAUAUGUUAUGUCCUACCAUUGUUUACCCAAAAUCGUCCAGGCUUUCACCACCCGAUGAAUUGUCUUCUGGAAACAAGACUGCUUCUCAAGAAAUCGGUAUAGUGAGACAGUUUACCUUCUCGUCCAGUCUACAGAGAAUGUCAGUGGUCAUUCGUCAGUUAGGCUCCGAUCAUUUUGACAUCUAUACCAAGGGCGCUCCAGAAAUGAUUGCCUCGCUGUGUGUCACUGAUACAGUGCCUGAUGAUUUUCAUGAAAUGCUAAAUGGAUACACCAAACACGGGUACAGAGUUCUGGCUCUUGCUUGUAAAUCAUUACCACGAAAACUGAAAUACCCAAAGCUACAACGGAUACAGAGAGAGCAGGUAGAGAGAGGACUGACAUUUCUAGGGCUGAUUGUGAUGGAAAACAGACUGAAGCCACAAACCACACCGAUCAUCCUACAGCUGAUUUCUUCCAAUAUUAGACCUAUAAUGGUGACAGGAGACAAUAUGCUGACUGCCCUCAGUGUUGCACGAGAAUGUGGAUUUGUCAAAUCGUCAGAGCCUAUCGUGCUUGUACAAGCUUUUCCUGUGCAGACUGACCAAUAUGGUAAUGAAACAGCUGCCCCAUUUGUGGAAUAUGUGUACACAGACACACAGCAAGAAAUGGACAUUUUAACUAAAGAAAGUAAUGAGAAUGGUAUACAAGCAGACGUUGAGUAUGGCCAGAAAGGACACUAUCACUUUGCUGUCACUGGAAAGUCAUGGUCAGUGUUGAGGCAGUACUAUCCAGAUCUUAUACAAAAGAUUGUGGUCAGAGGAACAAUAUUUGCCAGGAUGGCACCUGAUCAGAAAGCCCAGCUGGUUGAAUAUCUACAGGAUCUGGGGUACUAUGUAGGUAUGUGUGGGGAUGGGGCGAACGACUGUGGUGCCCUGAAGACAGCCCAUGCAGGAAUAUCCCUGUCUGAAGCAGAGGCGUCAGUCGCUUCGCCAUUUACAUCGAAAACGCCGGAUAUAUCAUGUGUUCCAACUACAAUCAGGGAGGGGCGUGCAGCCUUAGUGACGAGUUUCGGAAUAUUCAAAUAUAUGGCUUGCUACAGUCUCACCCAAUUUACAUCUGUUCUCAUUCUCUACUGGGUUGGUGUCAACGUCACAGAUUUUCAGUUUCUAUAUAUAGAUCUGUUUCUCCUUACUACACUCAGUAUCACAUUUGGGUUCACGGCCGCUUACAGGAAGGUCCAUCCACAUCCUCCACUGGUCAGUUUACUCAGUCUCUCUCCAGUAUUUUCCUUGAUACUACAGAUGGCCAUCAUGGUAGCCGUGCAAGUCUUCUUCUACUUUUACAUACAGCAAGCCACCUGGUUUGUCCCAUGGAAAGAUGACCCCGAGGAAGACUACGACUACCAGAGUUUUGAGAACACUGCCGUUUUCUACAGUUCUUCUUAUCAGUAUAUCAUACUUGCAAUCGUAUUUGCUAAAGGAAAACCUUAUAGAAAAGCUAUAUUUUCAAAUAUCCUCUUCUUGGCAAAUCUCCUCAUUUGCUUUGGUGUCACUGUUUGGUUGAAUAUUUACCCUACCGAAGGAGUUGCAGAGUUUUUUGAGAUAGAAAUAAUACCUAGUAUACCAUACAGGUUUAUUUUUCUUGGUGGUGCAUUUAUCAACCUAUUGUUAUGUCUGUUGUUAGAGACGUUUGUUUUAGACAGCCGUUUUGUUACAGUUACACUCCAAAAUAAAGUAGACAGAUAUCUGCCUGGAGCAAGACCUGGGUAUGAAGCGUUAGAAGAAGAAAUGCAAAGAGAUGCGUCAUGGCCGCAAGUGAAAUCCGAAGAUCUUGCUGGAACAUUCAAACGGUUAGACAGUGCCUUCCAAGCGAUGUCCAAAUCUUCACUGGAAGCACAUGAUAACAUAUCACUGUCCGGAAGUGAGACUGGUAGCAUCACGUCUACUGGAGCUACUGAAAUAGCAAGCAGUGCUGUUUCUACAAAAGAUGUUCAACUUCAUUCUAAAGGAUAUUCAAAUAAAGCGUUCGAAACUGACGAAAAGCAGAGUCACAGCAAUGAAAAUUCUUCAACAGCCAACGAAUAUAUUGGCAUGAGGCUAUGAGGCAAACAAUUUAUUUCAAAAUAUAGCCAAAAAUAAAGCGACUUUGCCAAAGAAAUUUAAGAUACGUGGUCCUUUUGUGUAAGGAAAAGCAAAAUAUGAUUUAAACACUUGUGUCUUGAUAAACAGUGAUUUCAGAGAAAGAUAGGAAUAUACAAGUUUUUUUAAUAACACGAGUCCGUAAAAUAUCUAUUGUUGUGACGUUUACGCAAUAUGAAUAUGUUGUUUCUAAGUGAGAAAAAAUUUACAAGUAUUGUGAGGACAGAAGCUCGUGUCAUAUUAUGCAACAUGUAAGAAGUGUUAUGUUGCGUAGUUUUAAAAUGACAUAACCCUGUAGAAAGUUUGCAUGUAACAAUAUGAUUAUAUUAGAAGUUAUUAUAAAUCCUACUUUUCCAUACUAAAAUGCAUAAUUCGUAGGGAUUGUAAGAGCUUGAAAAAUAUCGUAAUGAAUUACAUUACGUAAUGUUUGUCAGACAAGUGUUACUGGAUUCUUUCUCUGUAAUUGCCGAUUGCUUUCCCUAUAUUACACAAUGCAAAGCUUGGUUUGUUAGGUGACUGAAAUGCACCUAUAUAUUAGAAGUAUAUUGUACUGUAUCCGAAAUUUUAUGCCGAUUGUUAUUUGUGUUUACAGUCUUAUCUAUAAAGUAGCAUACAUACAGUUUUUAGAUGUACAUACUAUAUAUUUUUAUUUUUUUUAAAUAAAGAAUAUUUUACUUACUUGAUUUCAUGUAUUUCAUAUAGAUAUUUUUAUUGUAAAUAUACUAUAUUUGCAAGAAUUGUUUAACUAGCUGCUCA